GCGUCCAGUGUGCGGGCCGCGGGCUGAGAAGGCGCCGGCGCGGUGCAGAGCGUCCAGCGCAGCGGUGUCAGCGCGUCUGGCGCCGACCGGAGUCCGAGAUCGUCCGCUUCGGGAGCGGGGACCCCCCCGGGCCGGCAGCGCAGCGGUCAUCACAGUGGUCGGCGGAGGCGUUGGCGAGCGCCCCGGGCCGGAGGACAACAUGCGGCCGGAGGAUGUCUAGGACGGGCCGGACCUCGAGCUCUUCCCCGUCCCGGCCCCCGGCCGGAGGGAUGGUGGCCGCCGGCUCCGUCUUCUGCAUCUACCUGGCGGUGACGGUGAGCGGCGGUUGGGCGGCCCGGCUCCCGCUGUCCGGCCUGGAGGAGCGCCCCUCCCAGAGACCCCCAGAGCGGCUGCGGAGUGAGGCUGAGCUGCUGGAGGAGCUGGUCUUCAGCAGCGGAGACACCAUCCUGCUGUCCUGUGAUCCUGCGGGCUCCAUGCCCAUUCAGUGGCUCAAAGAUGGCACCGGGGUGGAGCCCAACAACACGACACAUGUCGGGCAGAGGCUGCUGACCAUCACCAAUGUGUCCUCGGCAGAUUCGGGCUUCUACAGCUGCCGGCGCAGAGACUCCCGCGACAUCCUCGGCAACUUCAGCGUCAGAGUGACUGAUUCUCCAUCGUCAGGCGACGAUGAAGAUGAUGAUGACGAAAUGGAAGACGCAGGGGCCCCAUAUUGGACCCGGCCAGAGAGGAUGGACAAGAAGCUUCUGGCGGUGCCGGCCGCCAACACCGUCCGCUUCCGCUGCCCUGCGGCCGGGAACCCGGCCCCGACCAUCCACUGGCUGAAGAACGGCAAGGAGUUCAAGGGGGAGCACCGCAUCGGGGGGAUCAAGCUGCGGCACCAGCAGUGGAGCCUGGUCAUGGAGAGCGUGGUGCCGUCGGACCGGGGGAACUACACGUGUGUGGUAGAGAACGAACACGGCAGCAUCCGGCAGACCUACACGCUCGAUGUGCUGGAGCGAUCGCCGCACCGGCCCAUCCUGCAGGCUGGCUUGCCCGCCAACCAGACGGUGGUGGUGGGCAGUGACGUGGAGUUCCACUGCAAGGUGUACAGUGACGCCCAGCCCCACAUCCAGUGGCUGAAGCAUGUGGAGGUCAACGGCAGCAAGUAUGGUGCCGACGGGACGCCAUACGUCACCGUGCUCAAGUCUUGGAUCAGUAAGCACGCGGAGGCAGACGCUAGCCUCAGCCUGUUCAAUGUGACAGAGCAGGACGAAGGGGAGUAUCUGUGUAGAGCCAACAAUUUCGUAGGCAUAGCCGAGAAACCAUUUUGGCUCCACACUCGCAAAUUCAAACCAGCGGAAGAGCUGGUGGAAGUGGAGGAGUCAGGCAGUGUGUACGCCGGCGUCCUCAGCUACGGAGUGGGGUUCUUCCUGCUCAUCCUGGUGGUGGUUGCGGUGACAGUCUGCAGGGUGAAGAUGCCCUCCAAGAAGGCCAUGAGCGCCCCCUCUGUGCAGAAGGUCUCCAAAUUCCCACUCAAGCGACAGGUAACAGUGUCCUUGGAAUCCACCUCGUCCAUGAACUCCAACACGCCCCUGGUCCGCAUCGCCCACCUGUCGGCCAGUGACAGCCCGAUGCUGGCCAACGUGUCCGAGCUGGAGCUUCCGGCGGACCCCAAGUGGGAGCUCUCACGAUCUCGCCUCACUCUAGGGAAGCCCCUGGGAGAAGGCUGUUUCGGCCAGGUUGUCAUGGCAGAAGCCAUCGGCAUCGACAAAGACAAGCCCAACAAGGCCGUCACGGUGGCCGUGAAGAUGCUCAAAGAUGAUGCCACAGAUAAGGACCUCUCGGACCUGGUCUCUGAAAUGGAGAUGAUGAAAAUGAUCGGGAAACACAAAAACAUUAUCAACUUGCUGGGAGCCUGCACCCAGGAUGGACCCCUGUAUGUCCUGGUGGAAUAUGCAUCCAAGGGCAACCUGCGGGAAUUCCUGCGAGCCCGCCGGCCCCCUGGCUUGGGCUACUCAUUCGACACCUGCAAGCUAGCCGAGGAGCAGCUCACCUGCAAGGACUUGGUGUCGGGCGCCUACCAGGUAGCUCGGGGCAUGGAGUACCUGGCGUCCCAAAAGUGCAUACACCGGGACUUGGCCGCCCGGAACGUGCUGGUCACCGAGGACAGCGUCAUGAAAAUCGCCGACUUUGGCCUUGCCAGAGAUGUUCAUAACAUUGACUACUACAAGAAGACCACCAAUGGCCGGCUGCCCGUCAAGUGGAUGGCCCCCGAGGCAUUGUUCGACCGAGUCUACACCCACCAGAGCGACGUCUGGUCUUUUGGGGUGCUCCUCUGGGAGAUCUUCACUCUGGGAGGCUCCCCCUACCCUGGGAUUCCAGUCGAGGAACUCUUCAAACUCCUGAAAGAAGGUCAUCGCAUGGACAAGCCAGGGAACUGCACACAUGACUUGUACAUGAUUAUGCGUGAGUGCUGGCAUGCAGUACCAUCACAGAGACCGACCUUCAAGCAGCUGGUGGAAGAUCUGGACCGGAUUCUCACUGUAACAUCUACCGACGAGUACCUGGACCUUUCAGCACCGCUGGAGCAGUAUUCCCCGGCCUGCCAGGACACACACAGCACCUGCUCCUCUGGGGACGAUUCCGUGUUUGCCCACGAGCCUUGCCUCCCCCAGCCCCAGUGCGGGCCCAGCCCCAUCCGGACGUGAGGGUGGGGGCCGUGGGCAGAGACCCCCGGCGAGAGGGGUGGGCAGUGGCCUGCUGGCGGGACGGACGGACCCGAGAAACUUCGAAACGUUUUGAACAACGGAAACGUUGUGUCCUCCACGUUUUUUGCUGUAAAACCAGUCAGGGGGCACUGCUGUUGGCCUGUGGGACCCUGCCCUCCCGCCAACACACAGGUAGAGGGGCAGGAGGACAGAGACCAAGAGACAGAGAUGAGGGCAUAACAUCUCUCUCUCUUUCUCUUUCUCUCUCUCUCUAGUUCUCUGUUUUUAGAGCAGGUGUUGGCCUCGUAGUGCACCUUUACACUUACCGAUUGGUGCCGGUAGUGUUGCAGGGAGACUCUUCAGCUUGGGAUUUUGGGGAAAGAAUGUUGGAAAUUUUCCUUUGUGCCAUCUCGGGACCAAAUUUCUGGGGUGGCGGGGUGUGUAUGGGUGUGUGUGUGUGUGUGUGUGUAUGUGUGCGUGCAGACCUCCAUCUGGUGUUUAGUAACUCUGAUGAUGGCUUGGCCAGAGGGGUGGGGUUUUGGGGCGCUUCCCAGCCUGGUCUCCCAACGAGACCCUGCUCCUGGGUAG